AUGCCUAGUGCUCUCAGUUCAUCGUCCUCUCAAAGCUCUUUCAUCAGCACCUUGUCGCGUCAUAUUUAUGCCCCUCCGUCGCCAUCAUCCGUCGCUUCUUCGUCAAAACUGUCGCUGGAUCAACAGGAUGAUGAGAAUCUCACUAUCACUGCCAAACGAUCCCUCGUGGAAGGGAAGCGCAAGAGUCAAGAGGAUCUACGCAUACUCGCUGUCUCCACGCAUAUGACAGAACUUUCCUAUAUGAUCUCAGAUAUACAAACGCGGAUAUUCGAAAUCCAAGAACUUCGACACAAAUCACACUCUAGUGGUGAUUCGGCGGGUACAACCAAUAUCAUCGACCAGUCUUUAAUGACUCUAGAUGAAAAAUUGGAAGCGGUGUCCAAAGGAAUGAAGACUAUCCAUGAUACCCUCGAACCCAUCUUGCAAUCUACACCCACCAUUCCGCAACACCACGGGAAGGAGGAACCGAGCGAGAAUGCGGUUAUCAUCCGUAAGCAUGCGGCUCUCGUGUCUGAAUGGGAGGGGAUACAAGAGGAGAGUGAAGUGCUUAGAGAAGAGCUCAAGGAGGACAAAUGGUUGACUGUUUUCCGAACGGUGACUGAUCAAGCAGAUGGGAUGAUGUCUAGUCUGGAAAAGGGUGUCAACAGGUGCCAGGAAUUCAUCUGGCAAGUCAAUCGAAGAGGAAUUGAAGAAGGUUUCCAUUCUCAUUCUCAGACGUCCCUUACUGUUCGAGAGAAGUCACCCCCUACGUUCGAGACUUUCACGUCACUGUUGGAAUCUUUCGAAGCGAAGAAGAAACAUUAUAUGCCAGCCACGUCGAAAGUUUUGUCCAUUAUCGAUAAAGGAGUACGCGAUAGAGUGACCAAGAACGGCGAAACUCUGAGACGACAUGCAGAAUCAGCACAAAGGUGGAAGAACUUGAAGGAGAGGAUCGCUCGUACCGACGCCGAGAUGGAAAACGUACGAAAGAUAUUACUCCACGGUGACUCUGCAGUAAGCGAAGCUGGAUCAAGCGCUUCUGGGACAACGUCGAAUGGAUAUCUUGCCACACCUCCAAGUGGAUCCCGUUUCUCAAGAGCAGGAAGUACUACAAGCGCGUUAUCUAGGUCCAUAUCACCAUUCCGGAAGUUUGCCAGAAAGAUCACAGGGAAUGACCGCUCUCCAGUUACACCUAUCACACCUCUCUCCAUUAGCAAAGCUCGUCACGCUCCUUCUUCAGAACCGACACUUCGUAGACAAAAGACUUCAUUAUUUUCAUCCAUACGAACCUCUGCUGCCACUCCAACAACUCCUGAUCGACCAACACACAAGCAUAGCCAAAGCUUGACACCUGAAUCUUCGCCAAGGCAUGGGAACCUUGAUGCUACAAUCAAGAACAGGAAACCGACCUGGAACAGCUCAACAAAGAUCGAUCCGGACGAUCGCAGUUUGACUGUGAAAGCCACUCCACCCAGACGCACCCCCUCUUCAAAUGGGCACUAUAAUGACGCUCCUCCGAUGCCUUCUAUUGGACCUGGAACGCCGUAUCGCCGAAGUCUUUCUCGAACUUCUAUGGCCUCAUCGCGGCCAUGGUCUCCCCUCAAUUCGUCCUCGACCACUCAUUCAUCUUCGCAUCCUCCUCUUCCAAACUUCAGGCCCCCUUCCCGAGCCCAGACACCUUCGCGAGCAUGCACACCUGCCAUCACGAGCACUACGCCUCGUCCGCGACCCAACACUCCGAGUCAUAUACCCGCGCCAUCAAUUAGACAACGGUCUCCUGGAGGGUGGGCAGCAGCAGGUGGUGGGGACGACGAUGAGUUCACUACAUUAAUGCAACGCGCGUUCUCUCCGGCGUUUAGCAAUGCUUCGACAGGAAUAUCAGGUCCGGCCGGUCCCCCACCUCGUCCCCCCAGCCGGUCUAUGAUCCCAAUCCCAAGCGUUCAUCUCUCAACCCCAUCAAGACCCUCAACAUCCAUGUCGAUGUCCUCCAACCUGCGGUCUGAAAGCCCUUCGGUGGCUUUUAGACAUUCCGCAGUGCGAGCACAAACCCCCGAGUCCGUGAUGAAAGCUAGAGUUCAGCAGGUCCCGGUGUAUAAUGGUUCUAUUGGACGUUCUACCGUUCGUCCGAUAACAACCAGAUUGCCACCGUCGAGUUUCAGGGAAGGUUCAGUGAGUCGUGGGCCUUCCCGACCUGGAUCUAGGACAGGUGCGCACACACCGUCGAUGUCGGAUAACCUCCUUCCCCUACACGAAUAUGUCCCUGGGAACCCCAACGACCCACUUGAUGCCGAGGUUGCACUGGUUGCGAACUCGAUAGCGCAUGGGUUACUUGUGGAACGAGUGGAUCCGCCUAUGCCUUUGAAGAAAGUGGUUAAAGAGAAUGAGGAGGUUAAAGCGCAGUAUGCGUUUUCGAAUGCGUUGAGCAGGAAGGUGGUGACGUGUAAAUUGACUACGCUUACGAGGUCUGGGAAGGGUACGAAUGGGGCUUUGAUGACUAGAAAAGUGAUGUGUCGUGUUGGUGGUGGUUGGCAAGAUUUGAGUCAUUAUAUUCUUAACCGUCAAGCAGGGAUGUGA